AUGAAGAGGUUUAACAUGGAUGUGAUUCUUUCAGAUGCUCCAUUACUCUAUCUAUUGCACCAGAUGAGGAAAUCAUCCGGCUUCUUUGAUUUCCACCAAUUAAGCAUGAAGCUAAAGCUUCUUUAUUGAAAUUGUCUGACUUUAGGCCAAGAUCUUGAGGAAUUCCAGCAUUUAGGUGAGUAAUCUUGCUAAAUGAAAAUUAUACUCCUUGUUUUAUCUGUUUUUAAAUUGUUACUGCUUUAUCAGCGACAGCUUCUAACACAAGAUAUUCUGUGUAGAUGAGAGGGCAAGCAAUGGUUGAUUCACUAAGAUUUUACUGUAAGUUUUAUAACCAAAAUAAGUUGCCAUUUAAACUAAAUAAGUUUCAA